AUGCUUCAGAUAUAUCUAGACCCAUGUACAAUCAACAGCCGUAAGAUUCUGGCUGCGACGGAGCUCCUGGGCACGUCUUACAACCUCAAUCAUAUCGAUUAUUUUACCAGUCAGCACAAGAGUCCCGAUUAUCUCAAAAUUAACCCGAAUGGCACUGUUCCAUCUGCAAUCGAUGGAGACCUGAAAAUCACCGAAUCAAAUGCCAUUCUGCAAUAUAUUGCUGAUGAUGCCGGUUCUGCAUACCCAAAGGACGCCAAAGCUCGUGCCGAUGUCAACCGGUGGCUGUUAUGGGAGGCGAGUAAGUGGUUUCCGACUUGCUAUAUCUACGUCGUAGAAUAUGUGGUCAAGCCGCUGUUGAAGGCCGAGCCUGAUCAAUCUGUCAUCGAUGGUGAAGCGCCAAACUUCAACAAACUCGCUGGAAUUCUCGAUGAUCAAUUGGGAAAGACCAAAUGGUUGGCUGGUGAUAACCUCACUAUCGCGGAUAUUGCUAUGGCUGCUCCCAUGCAUCUUCACGCAGCUUCAAAGCUUCCACUUGACCAACACAAAAAUCUAUCACGUUGGUUAGGAGAAAUUGAGAAGUUACCUUGCUGGCAGAAGACCCAAGGAGCAGUCGACAAGGCCUUGCUGCCAGGUAAGGCUGCCACGAACGGCACAUCUGCCAACAAAGAUGUCAAAGCUAACUUCAACUACACUAAGGACGUUGAUCAACGUACCGAGUUGUACUUCUAUGAUUCGGAAGACGCCAAGGGUAUUCACGAGCCUGGUGAUGCUCCACAUGAAAUGACGGUGCAUGAUGGUCGGUAUCGAGCAAAGGAAUUCUCGAUUGAUAAGGAGGGAUUCGCAGUCGAGCCGUUCAAGACAGAACAUCAGGACUGGGAGGAUGAAGAGACCGUCAGAAAGAACUUUUAUCCAGAGGUUGUCGAGUUCAUUAAGAAAACCUUUGGUGCGAAACGCGUCCUCGUUUUUGACCAUACUAUCCGCACAAAGGCAAAUGACAAGAAAAAGUUGACUCAAGAGACAAAUACUUCGCAACGAGCUCCAGUGAUGCUUGUCCACUGCGACUACACAGCAGAAUCCGGACCCUUGAGGGUGAAACAGUUGUUGCCAGAUGAGGCCGAUGAUUUAUUGACGCGGCGUGUGGCCUUCCUUAACGUCUGGAAGCCAAUCCAUCGCGUGGUUGAGGAGAGACCGUUGGCUAUGUGUGAUGUUGGCACGUCGCCACCCGAUGACUUUUUCAAGCUCUACUUGAACUACCGCGAUCGUGUCGGUGAGAACUAUGUCAUGAGACAUUCCCCGAACCAUAAAUGGUGGUAUAUCCCAGACAUGACCCCGGAGGAGGUUAUUAUCUUGAAGACCUAUGAGUCGGAGAAUGAUGGCCGUGCUCGAUUUGUUGGCCAUAGUGCAUUUGAUGACCCAACCUCAGCACCCGAUGCACCAGCGCGCGAAAGUGUUGAGAUCCGCACGAUAGCCUUCUUCUGA